AUGUCGGUAAUUAGAACAAACUUCAACCUCAAGAUGGAAGCUGGUACCUUCACGUUGUGGUCCGCUGAACCCGUCGCUAGCAAUGAUCCUUCAUCGUUGAAUUUCAUACAUAGUAUAGGAGCGGUAUGCAUAGUUUUCCAGGUACGAGCAAGGGUAGGUGUUUCAUCAGAAAUGGCAUAUUCGCGGAUAACUUGA